AUGGAGACUUUGCAUGAUGGAGGGAUAUUAGAGGCCGAAGCAAGAGGAAAAUGCCCAAAGAGUUGGUGCUUGUAUAAGACGGAAAUGAAUGAUGAAGAUUACUUAGAGAUCACGGAUGUUCAAUUCUUAAAGACCAACAGAGCGAUGUUGUUGGGUUUCUUGAGACUAGAAAGAGUAUCAGAUUGA